AAAUUGAACAUACCAUUGGGCGAAUAGGAAGCGAACGGGAGAUGGAAAUCGGUUAAAAAUUGUCGCAUUUUCUUUCUACAACAUCUCCGUUUUCCGGCCGUCUCCGGUCGUCAUUCUCUCCGUGUUAUUUUUCCCCGCUUACUCUAAUCUGUUCUAAAUGUAAAUCACAUUGACUUUGCUGCUGCUGCCAAGUGUGACAAGAGCCGCCAACGGUACUGGCUAACCGGCAGCGAGCGACAAAUCUUCGCUUACAGACACCAAAAUGGGCAGGAUGCUGAAUGCACCAAUUAAAAUUCCUGCCGACGAUGUUUGGUUGGAGCGGGGGAUUUUUCCUUAAUUUCCAUUGAUUUUGCCAUUGUCGACUGAUUUCUGCGUCUAAGAAUCUUGAGAAUAAUGAACUCGUGUUUUAAUUGGAUUCAACGGAGAAGAAGAAGAAGAAGAAGAAGAAGAAGUACGCAAUCGUACUCUCUCCAGUGUGUUAGUGUGCCAAAGUAUGUCAUGAAAAAAAAAUCACCUGGUUUAGGCUAGUUGUUAGUUAGGAUAAGCAAAGCUUAAGGACAACCGAAAAUCCAAGCGCCGCCGCCUCGACAGCUGCUCCUCUUCCAACGAACAGCCCUGCAACAGUCAACGAUGGCCCUGCAUUAUUCACGUUCCGGUAGUUUUCGCGCGCUUCUCCUCCGCCUCCUCCUCCUCCGUGUGUGUGCGCCCUUGGCCGUUUGACAAUGAAAACAGCGGUAACCUUACGCCUGACAGGACAGCCCAGCACAAACGACAAAGGACAUGGGCUGUUUAGGUAGUAAGGAUCGCCUCUCCAAAGAGGAUAUGGAUUUCCUCAAAUCACACACCCGGUACGAUGAAUCCACCAUCAAAGAGUGGUACAAAGGGUUCAAGCAAGAUUGUCCAAACGGGAAACUGACGCCGGCGAAAUUCGUAGAUAUGUACAAAAUGUUCUUCCCAUCGGGCAACGCCGAAGAAUUCUGCGAUCACGUUUUCCGGACGUUCGAUAUGGACAAAAAUGGCUACAUUGAUUUCAAGGAAUUCCUGUUAGCCAUCGAUGUUACAUCCAGCGGCACACCGGAGGAGAAGCUAAAGUGGGCAUUCAGAAUGUACGACGUGGACGGAAACGGUGUCAUAGACAUACAAGAAAUGACCAAAAUAGUUCAGGCGAUAUACGACAUGCUGGGAGCGUGCUCAUCGAACAAACCGGCGGAUUCGGCGGAGGAGCGCGCGAAAAACAUUUUCGCCAAGAUGGACGAGAAUAACGAUGGCCAAUUGACGCAGGACGAGUUCCUCAAGGGCUGUCUGCAGGAUGAGGAGCUGUCGAAAAUGUUGGCACCUUAAGCUUAAAACCAUACAUUAAAACAAAAAAAACAGUAGCUACGCUAGAUAUUCGUAAGAUUUAAGUAAAAACCAGAGCAAAAUUUAACGCGGAGCCAGAAGGUAAAUGUGGAGAGAGAAAAAAUGAGAAAAAAAACAAAAAUUGCAGUUGUUUGUGGGAUGGCUCAGGCUCAGAGUAUUAACUAAGCGAACCGCACGCCUACGCAGAGAGUAUUCGGAACGGAAGCUGGAAAACAUAAACAUUGUCAGGAACAAAUGCACGGUAAAUCAUAUUCAAAUCGGGAAAAGAAAAAAAAACACAAGGAUCAGAGCAAAACCAACCAUUAGGGAAUUUUCGCGUUAAGUAAGUUAAUAACAACUUUCGUAAGAAGACAAAAAAAAACAAACCAAACAUGUAGCCGAGAGCAGCUAGCUGUCAGGCAUAAACGAAACCAUUUGUACGGAGGGAACUUUGCUAGUCCGAGAGACCAGAUGCAGGAAAGACGAGUACUCAUAAUUAAGCGAAAAUUUGAUGAUAUUGAUAUUAAAUAAUCGUAACUUUUCCAUCAACACACCGAGUAAUGCACAGAACAAAGCAGGCAAACAAACAGAUUGUAAUGAAAACAAAUACUAGGUAAUUCAUUGUUUAUUAUUUUGUUACCGAUGCAUCACAGAACCAGCAACAGAUUAAACGUCGUUAUUAGCAUUACGUAUCCGCAUUGUGCAGCCAGAAAACGAAAGCAGGAUGACACAAACCAGAAAUAAAUAUGAUAAUCAUUCGAUUAGUUAAGCAAAAAAGCGAACCGUUAAGAAACCUCUUUUUUCACUGUUCAUGAUUAGCGGCAAAUAGAAUUGCUAGUUUUGAAUCUAACAGAAAUCAACAGCCAUCACUAUUGCUUUCAUUCGCCACGUGAUCAUCACCUUGGCAGUCACGGUGGAAAGCGUCAAUGGCAAUUUUGGUAACACACACACAGAGAGAGAAAGAGAAGAAAAAUAAUACUACAUAUAUAUAUAUUCCAACCCUGACAGGCAAACAGAAAGGUGGAAGUUUGGUAAGUAACAGAAAACUUUUUUCACAUUCGAAGCGCAUUUACGCCAGAGCUAUACUUCUUCGACCUGACUUCCUACACCCUCUCCCCCAAAGUUUUCCUCACACAACAGAAAAGUAUUAGUGUAGUGAAAAGUAAGGUAUGAAAUAACGACUUGAUUCCAUAUUUUUGCGCCAUACACAAACAAACCAACCAACCAACCAACCUACCAAAAUCGUUCAAAUCGAAGGCAUAGAUAGAAUUUUAUCGAUAUAUUUUUCUAUAUGUGUCGUAUGUAUGUACGUAGGAAAGUUUCAUGCGAGUGUACUUGGUCCUCGGUAUAAUGGCCAUUCAUAUCCUUCCUUCGAGUGGGGGUCCUUCUGCGGAUUGAUGUAAGUUUAGCAGUGAGGGGUGGUGCGAAUUCAAGCUUAAUUUAUUCGGUAUUUUACAAUUGAAACAUCAAUUCUUUGCGCAUUUGAAUCUCCAACGACGCUUUAGGGAUAUCGAGCUGUCGAUUUGAUACAUCCUGUCAGAUUGAUCCCGAAGCGUUGGAUUGAUUAAUCGUAGUUUUUUUUUUUUUCAUUCAAACAAUCAAGGCACAAUCCGCUUGUCUGUCAAGUAUUAAUCCUCGUGAGAAGUUGGAGCCCUCUCGGUCCAGAAAUCGAUCGUUUUUCAUCGGAGGUUUAAACUGUCAUCAUUUCCUGGUUGAAGAGAACGAAGGUGCCGUAAAUCAACGAUUGAUUUAUUUUCCGGUUGAAGUCUUUUCUUUUUUUUUAUUUGUCUGGAAGUUGAGUUGGGUCGACAAGGAAAACGGAACGGAAAAGGACUUACGUUUCUUUUAUUUUGGAUAAUACGCGUGAGACAGAGAUUUGUGUUCUACUUGAAUGAUCCGACGGGUCAUCGGAAAGAUACGUCUAAAUCAGCGCACGUCAAAGAAUAAAAUUUUAAAAACUGCACUGGGCAAAAUUGUUUUGGAAACAAAUCUUUUUAUCCUUGAAAAAUUGAUAUAUUUCGAGCAUCAAGAAGUUGAUAGUAUUGUAUUUACGGAACCGACUGCAAAAAGUGACGUUUUGAACGAAAAGAUAGCGUUUAUCGUUUAUAAAAAGUGGGUGAGUAAUGUCAGAGACAUAACUGGAUGACGUGAAUACAAAUAAAACUAACACGUAUCUUUACCUCGUUUUCAUAAGUCGAUAUAUUGUGUGAAUUGGUCAAAGUUUUAUUUCUUCACUUCCAUAAUUGUAACCGGUCACCUAUACUAAAGUUAGACCAAUUCACGACUCAAUUAUUUUCACACACUAAUCAACAAAACGGGGCGAAAGAGAGAAAAAAUGUCUAGAAUGGCUAGAAACGUGUCAAAUUUUUACAUUGCAUACCUACCUAGUUGGUUACGCGAGAAUGCAAUGUCGCUCUCUGCCUCAUAACCAUCGUCCCAGCACGAGAAAGACAAACAAGCGUCGUGAGAUUUUCUAUUUAGUGCUUGUUGAUACCAAACAUUUUAGAAUAGUAUGAUUUUGAGUUAUUCAUUGUUAUGUCAUACUACUGAAAAUUCUAUCAUAAAUUGCUGAUCAUAUUUCGGAUAGCAUGGAGAAAAAAUGGCGGGUGGGUAAUAUCAUAUACAUAACUGGUGGUCGUGAAUACGAAUAAAACUGACAUGUCUCUUUCACAUUUCCGAUUAUCGACAAUCGAUUGGAUGUGUUUUCAUUGAUUGUUUGAUUUUCGUAACGUUUUCUGUUUCCCCUUUUCCAGAAUUGUAUCGUGCAUCUAAACUAAAGAUUGACUUGUUUUUGUUUAUUCAAUAACAACAUAUUUAAAGACACACUUCCAAAGCUCUAAGAUGCCAGAAAGAUUGACUUGUUGACAACAAACAUAUUCUACCACACAACUAAACAAUGCACAAACGAACAAAUGGGAGUAAGAAAAAAAUACUACAAUCAAUGUUUAGUUGUUCGUUUUUGUAAAUUUUCGUACUCUGAUGAAGAAAUUUUCGCAUAGUUCUGUAGGAAUAUUUGAAUGGUUCUGAAAAGAACCAAUUGGUGGAAUUUAAAAAUUUUCUAGUCAUGGGAGAGGAAUUCUUCAUUCGACAUUUUAACGAAACAUUCGCAGAAUUUACAGAACAGAUUUCAAUGAAUUGUUGUCGUACUUGAUUAUACUUUCGACCAAGCUUUAGUGUUAGUAUUUUUGGGCUCUUAGAGAACUUCAGGAAUGACUAUCUGCUACACGGGCAGAAUUCCGAUUAAACAAAUCAGCAAAAUAGGUCAUGAUUUGAGGAAAAGAGUGCAUUUUCAUAUUAUCAUAAUACACCAUGAUAAAAAGCUCUCGAAUCAUAGAUUUACAUUCAUUGGUAUAACUUUAGGCAUAUUUCUGCUACGAUGGUCGUUAGCAUAAAUGGGCUUUAUAUCUAGAAACAUGGUUUAUGAAUGAAGCGCAACAACAUAAUUCUUUCUUCAUGUCGUCAGAAAUAUGAUCAGCAAUAUUUGGUUAAAUUUUCAACAGUGAGGGAUAACUUAAACUUUUGGAAAUAAUGAGAAAAACUCAUCACGCUUGCUUGCCUUUUUCGCACUCGGACCACGGCUCAGACCCUGGAUUCUGCUUCACUUGGAUUCUUAACUUAAUUUAAGGUUUAGAAUUUCGUUUCAGAAUUUAGUGUCAUAAGAUAGGUUCAAAAAUUAAAAUAAAUACUAUGGAACUGAAUCCUUAUUUUAGAUUCUGGAACUGGUUUCUUGACUAGAUUUUGGAACUGAAAUUAAUUUCUAAUUUCGAAAUUCGUAUCCAGAAUUCAGAUUCAAGAAUUUAUCUUCUGAAUUCUGGAACAAAAUUGAAGAUACGAAUUCUAGAUCUGGAUUCUGAACCAAAAUUUUACAUUUGAACUUCGAACCAGAAUUUUGGAACUGCCUUCAGAACCAAGAAUUUUAUUCCAGAAUUCAGUUUCAGAAUUUCAUCGGUGGAUUCAAUUCCGGAAUUCAUUUUCAGAAUUCAGAACCUUCAUGCUGGGUUUGAAUUCGGAACUUGGGUUCUGUUCCCUAAUUUAGGUUCGGAGAUCAGUUCUAGAAUUGAAACAAACAAAGGCAUUUUUGUGUUUCAUCACCAGUGAGUUAAACUCAGCUGCUAAUCGGUUUCACUGAGCGAUUUAAAUAACUGGGUAACGAUCUGGAUAGAUAAAACAUCGUAGUGUCAAACAAUUAGCAGAUUAGAGGUGAGCGCACGUCAAAUAUUAGAACCCACUGAGAGACGAAUUGUUAGUUGUGAUUUGAUGUGUUUGUACAGCAGCACAUUGCAUCAGAUUCUUUUGCCACUGUCUCGCUUGUAUUCCUAUCCGCCAGAUUUGCCAUGGGCGGCCGAUGUUCGAAUCUUUGGCAUUUCAAUCCAACUCUCAACACAUAUUCUCGUAUGCUGCACAUCGCGUUCGGGUCUGUAGCCAGUUGUGUUCCGCGAUUUCGUAAUAUCGAUUGAUUAAUUGAGUAAUCGAAUAAUCAAAAACCAAAUAAUCAACUAAUAUUUAAUCGAUUAGUUUAAAACUAAUAUUCGAUUAUUUAGCAAAUCGAAAAUUUCGAAAAAUCCUUUAACAAUAAUCGAAUAAUCGGUUAGAUUGAAAAUUAUACUCAAUUGUUGAAUAAUCGAGUAAUUUAAAAAAUCCGACAUCCCUAAUUAUGUUUAGCUAGAAAUUCAAUCGUGUACUGUAUACAUCACACUAAACUUCGGGUUUUUGUUUUCGUACAUCAAUGCUCGUGCUCGUUUUGAGUGUCAGCAACAAUAAAACCGAAAAUCUUGGUUGUGUUGGCAACUCUGUAGUGCAAACAUACACUCACCAGCGUAGCUCAGUACGGUGAUGCUCAUCUCAGUAAUCACUUUCUAAAAGUCGGAAUGAUAGAAUCUAAACUGGGAACCACCAAUACCAUCACAAGUUGGUCUCAAUGAUGUUCUGAAUAGGUGAGUUUAUCUGUUUAGAUCAGCGAUGAGUUUCAUCUUUACCAUCGUUUUACAGAUUACAUCCUAAAUCAUGAGGUGAGCUGAUGAAUAGAAGAAAAUGAGCGAGUUUUUGUCACCCUUGUUCCUAGAAUGAGUUCUUUUCCAGAGUUUCCGUCAGAGAAUUAUUCAAGUUCAUAAAUUAAAACGAUAUGUCAAAAUUUGAGUACUUUGGGCAAGGAUUCGUAGUGUCAGUAGGAUCGUAGCACCAGCCACGCAAUGUACACUCUGAAUCGGCUGCGAAGUCUGUUGAAACAGAAGGUCAAAUUCCAUUACAAGAAUGUAAUACCAAGGCUUUGCUUUGGGCAAGUUUUUUCAUUCUUGGAAUAUUUUCAUUUCGAACAUAAGAAUCCAAGAAUAUAUCGUUUCCUUUUGCAGUUUGCCGAUCCUUGUUUUAAGGUUAUCAUCAAUCAAUCAGUGAUGAUUUCAAAAGAAAUUUAAAUUCAAGCAAAUUUCUGGUUUCAAUUAUGACAAUCGAUAAAUCGGACAUGGGUGUUCAAAAUCAUUCAAAUUUGACAGGUUUGUGAGGGGAACCAAAAUUGAACUGUUUUCAAUUGCUUUUAUGGUAUUCCUAUUAAGAAAAAAUAAUUCAAAUUAUGAAUUUCAUUUAUUGAAAUAUAAAUGAGUAAGCGAUUUUUUAUUUUGAAUGGAAAGAAUUCAAAUUUUGAGUUAAAUUCAAAUUUUGAUAAAAUAAACUUUAAGUAGAAUUACUCUAAUUUUGAAAGCUUUGUUCCUUGUCAAAAAAUGAGAAAAUAAAUGGAAACUCAAAUUUUUACCUUGUGCACUUUUUUGGAAAUUGAGUGUUGUGUCACUCAUUUUGGCGUUCAAAGAGCGCGUAGAACCAAAUACAUGAACUGAAUUCUUGAUCUGGAUUCCGAACCUAAAUUUUGCAACUUAAUUCUGAACCGAAUUCAGUUCUUUAAUUCAGUUCCAGUUCAUGAUGGUCCAGAAUUAAGGUUCUGGUGUAGAUAAAUAAAUGGUGACAAAAAAGUACUUAACAGUUGUUAUUGAUAUUCGGAUGUGUGAAAAAAGCAUGCCAGUCUGAUUCCAGUUAUGUCUCUGACAUUACCCACCCGCUUUUAGACUUCGUUGAGUAAAUCGUUACUUACUACUUAUUACCUUAUUUUGCAUAGAGACAGGGGUAUUUGCUAGGUUGAUUCCGUAACUGCCAGGCGUGCGAAUGCUCGGUGGUUUGGAUUUUCUAAAUCAGAGUGUUUACUUCCAACUGUCAGAAUGUACGGAAAUGCAUGCUCAAGAAAUGGCACACAAAACCAAUAUGUUGAGAUUUGUUAUUCUUUUAACAACUUGGUCCGUAAAAAAGAUCCAUCCUGGUGCGCGAUUCAACGAACCAGAACGGUGAAAGUAGCCUCCCUCUCGGUCACAAGCAAUUUUCCAUCAAUCAAAAAUAUUGCAUUUUCCAUCAAUUAAAUUGAAAGCUGUUGCUGUGGGCACAGCUUCGUCCGUAAGGUUUUAUUUCAGCAAAUUUCAUGAUGCUGCAUAAAUAUUGUAAUUCGAUGAGGGCGAAGCUUAAAAUGACAGUGGUUUGGUUCGAACCGAAAGCUAGAUCGAUCGCUUGUUCCCCCCCCCCCUUCCUGGCAUAGAAGCAGGCGAUACAAUUUCAAUCCAAUCACAACUGGUUGGUGAGUUUUCUAUUCCCCCGACCGCCAACCGCAGUUUUAUCGCUGACUACCGUCUGCCAAUUCAUUCCAUGGUAUCCCGGAAUAGAACUAGAAUGAAACAAUCAUCGAAAUUAUCGGAUUCCAUCAGAAAAUAUGCCGAAUUACGACGCAGACAGUGCUUUGGGUUUCACGCGACUGGGGAUAUAAAAGUGGAUACCUCGCUUUGUUCUCUUGUUGCUGCUGCUGCUGCUAUUUUGUUACAAUUUUCAUCAAAGAGAUGAUAAUCCUAUUAUCGUUCCUGUGAGGUUCUCAUUUUUUCUGAAUUCAUCCGGACGUUGCUACGAAACGAAAUGGGUGGAACCGGACCCAGAACAAAAAAAAACCGCCUUCCUUGCGUACUUACAUCAUUCCGCAGAUGCCUCGAAUUAUCGAUUUUUAGUUGAUUUCUACUUCAAACAUUCGUAGUCGUGUUUUUUUUAUCGUUUUUGUUUCGCUACUAAGUAUAUAUUUUUAGCUGCAAGGAGAUGUAUCUUUGUAAAUAUUUUUAUACCUGUAAACAUUCAAUUUACUACCAUCGUGAAGCGUGUACAAUUUUUCAUAGUUUAGCCAGUUUUCGGAUUCAGUUCGUUUUUGGACACUUUUUCUUGCGACAGAGGCAAGAUCACUUUUCUACCAAAAUCUCGAACUACAGAUAUUAAUUUAGGCAAAGGAUAACCAGGUUUAUGGCAAAUCUCACACUGUUCAUAUAUUUAGAAACAAGAAAAAAAAAUACCACAAACUUACUAAAUGUGAAACACAAAUCCAUUUUUGCACAAAACAAACUUUAACAUGUGUUAGCACAACCAUAAAAAAAUGAAAAGAAAGGAAAGUUUAAUAUUUAAGAAUUUAUAGAAAACUCUAAGCAAGCUAACUAGAUCGCAAACUAGCAAACUAAACUGCUGUCAAACACACAGGAAAGAACUUCAUUUAGCGAGCAUCACCUGUAACUCUUUCUCUAUUUUCAAGAAAGUGAAUGUUAAUAUAGCCUACAUACUACUAGACUAGCUAAGAACGAGAAGAGAACCUUAAACAUAUAAAACAAAAAAUAUUCCUUCCUUUAGUUUUUCAAUUAUUUCUCAGAGAACAAUCGCAAAACAAUGAUAACGAAUUUUUGAAAAUCCCGCGCUUUAUAACCAUACUAAAAAUGAGGAGAAAACACCAAAAAAAAAAAUCAACAUACCUUUGAAGAAAUGAAAAAAAAACAACACACGUGAAAAUCAAAUUAAUGUUAAAACCAAGUCCUUUGAGAACAAAAAAAAAUACAAUUCUGGCUGUUUAUGGCUUACGAACAAAAAACCAAAAAUACAUGUAGUCAAUACAAAGUGACAAGGAAAAUGAUAA